GUCAUCGAUUCCGGCAGCCAGGGUGGGUGGUAUCAGUCGUUGACAUGCCAUGAGAUGACAGGACAUGACAUGACAUCCACCGCUUCUGGCUCUGCUUCUGCUUCUGGCUCUGGUUCUGCUUCUGGCUCUGGCUCUGGUUCUGGUUCCAGGCUUGCAUGCACAUGCACAACUGACUGUACCAUGUACGGUACUCAUAGCAAGAAUUGGAAUUACCCCACAAUCUACUCGCUCUGCUCUGCUCACUCUGCCUCUGCUUACAGGUCUUCCUCGCUUAGUUGCUGUUGGUGGAUUGAUUGCCUGAACUAGCUGACCGGUUGAUAGGUUAGCUACUCCGUAAGUGAUGGCCCAAGCAGCCCUGCAAACAGUUUUCUUUGUUUUGAUUACCCAGGGUUUUGUUUGCCACUGCAGAAAGGAGUUGCUUUUUUGUGCCUGAUGGCACAGGAGGACCGGGCUGGUUCGCAAUCUUCACGUCUUGAUCCCC